AUGCUGAGUCUACCUCGUACUUCUUCCGACAGCAGCAUCCUUCCCGUCUAUCCACAAGACGCACUCCCUCCGCUCCCCGUACCUCCACCGCGCGAACAACUGCAACGCUACAACUCUCAGCGAUCAAAGGUAUCGCAGCUAUCCAACGGAAGCAGAUCGUCUUCGGGAUCAAAGGGCUCUAAGCGUCCGUCCCUCUCCGGAAGUGAAUCGGCGAGCACUUUGGUCGGUUCGGGUUUAGAACGCAAGGAGGGAUAUCAGGAUUCUAUUCAUGAAGAAGUCCCGACUGCUGAGCGGUUGGGAGAGCUGAGGAAGUUGAUGGCAAGGGAUGGAUUGGAUUAUUAUAUUGUUCCCUCUGAGGACGCUCACGGUUCCGAGUAUGUCGCUCCUGGUGACAAGCGCAGGCAGUGGUUGUCUGGUUUCACUGGCUCUGCUGGGCAGGCCGUCGUCUCCAUGAAUAAUGCCUACCUGAUCACUGACUCUCGUUACUGGAUCCAAGCGACUAAGGAACUCGACUCUGACUAUUGGAUUAUGAUUCCGGCUGGAUCACCAAAGGGCCCCCGUGACUGGAUUGACUGGCUUGUCGACCGCGUCCGCGAUUGCAAAAUCGGCAUAGACGCUCGCAUGAUUUCCCACUCGAAAGCUUCCACCCUCCAGUCGAAGAUUCAGCAGAAAGGAUCCAGGCUUUCGUACCCUCCCCAGAACCUCAUCGACCUGAUAUGGAAGGAUCGUGCUGCGAGACCCAAGGCUACCAUCUACAUGCAACCUAUAGAGUACACCGGUAUAGAUGCGUCGAAGAAGCUAGCAGAAGUAAGAGACUGGAUCGCCGCUCAGCCUCCUUCGGUGCCCUCGUAUUCCCGAUCGCCUCCCAGGCCAGACCAAAUGCCCGUUGGAACUCUUGUGACCGCACUUCCCUCUAUUGCCUAUGUGCUCAAUUUACGAGGAGAAGACAUCCCCUUCAACCCGCUUUUCCAUGCCUACCUAUACAUCGGUUUCGACAGGACUGUCCUCUUCAUCGAAUCGGUCAAGGUUGAGGAACCAAUCCGGCAGUACCUGAAGCAGCUCAAGGUCGAACUCAGGGAGUACAACGACAUCUGGACCUUCCUCCGUCGCAGGGAAUGGGGCGAUGGGAAAGUUCUCAUCACGGACGACACAUCCUACGCCAUCUCGCUCAUGCUCACACACAUGCGCUACGCUGUCGCACCGAACAAGAUCCUGCAGAUGAUGAACAUCAAGACGGAGGUCGAGAUCCAGGGAAUGAAGCGCGCUUAUAUUCGCGACGGUGUCUGUUUUGUCAAGUUCCUUGCUUGGCUGGACGAGAAGAUCUCGGCUGGGUUUCAGAUCACGGAAUGGGAGGCUGCGUUCAGAUUGACGGAGUGGAGGAGGAAGUCGAAGAACUACAUGGGACUCGCAUACGAAAAUAUAUCGGCGACUGGACCUAAUGCCUCGCUACCACAUUACUCUCCCAAGAAGGAUGGUUGUCUCUUCAUUGACAAGGAUACCCCAUAUCUGAAUGACUCAGGAGGUCAAUACCGCGACGGAACUUGUGAUACCACUCGUACCGUCCACUUUGGCCGCCCCACGGACGAGCAGUGCGAAGCGUUCACGCGUGUUUUGCAAGGCCACAUCGCGAUCGACAGCGCUAUUUUCCCCACUGGCACUGUGGGGUACCAGCUUGACGUUCUCGCUAGGAAAGCGCUUUGGCAGGAUGGCCUGAACUAUGCCCAUGGAACAGGGCACGGUGUUGGGUCAUUCACGACCGUUCACGAGGGUGCGGGGUUCUACGAGAAGGACGUCCCGCUCCAGCCUAACCACGUCCUCACGAACGAGCCUGGCUUCUAUAUGCCAGAGAAGUUCGGAGUUCGCAUUGAAUCCAUGCUCGUCGUCCGACCCGUCACGACGAAGCGCGAGUUUAACGGUCCCAUUUGGCUCGGCUUUGAGCGCUUGACCUGUGUCCCUAUCCAGACGAAGAUGGUUGUAGAGAGCAUGCUCACUAAGGAAGAGCGUGAAUGGCUUAGGGAGCACAACCGCCAAUGCCUUGCGACCCUUGAACCAUAUCUGAAGGAUGAUAAGCGUACGCUCAAGUGGCUGAGACGCGAGGCUGAACGCCCUAUUGGACAACAGCCCUCUGGACCCGGUGGGCUCAGGGUUGAAUGGGAUUAA